UCCUCCCCACUCCCACCUCCUCCUGCAAGCCAUGGCGGAAGUUCUCAGACGUCAGCAUGCUAGGGUUAAAGGAGAAGCCGCCCCGAGGCCCCCAGCACACAGGGAUGAGGGUUUGGGGACGGCGGCCGAAACGAUGACCGUGUUCAUCAAGCUUUUGGCCGCGGCUUUUUACGGGGUCAGUUCGUUUUUUAUCGUAGUGGUGAACAAGAGCGUGCUGACCAACCACAGGUUCCCCUCCUCACUAUGUGUUGGACUUGGUCAGAUGCUGGCCACAGUGCUUGUUCUUUGGGUUGGAAAGGCACUCAAGGUGGUUCACUACCCAGACUUUGACAGGCACAUACCUCGAAAGACUUUUCCACUACCUCUGCUGUAUUUUGGGAAUCAAAUUUCAGGAUUGUUCAGCACAAAGAAGCUCAACCUUCCAAUGUUCACAGUUCUCAGACGGUUCUCAAUAUUGUUUACAAUGAUGGCUGAAGGAAUGUUGCUCAAAAAGAAAUUUUCCCGCAGCAUUCAGAUGACAGUAUUUACUAUGAUAAUUGGAGCAUUUAUAGCUGCCAGUGCCGACUUGGCUUUUGACCUAGAAGGUUACAUAUUUAUCCUGAUUAACGAUGUCCUUACGGCAGCAAAUGGUGCCUAUGUAAAACAGAAGCUAGAUUCAAAGGAACUUGGGAAAUAUGGUGUUCUGUAUUACAAUGCAUUGUUCAUGAUUUUUCCUACACUUGCCAUUGCGUACAUCACUGGAGACCUCCAUAAGGCUGUGGAAUAUGACGGCUGGAAUAACGUGUUUUUUAUUGUACAGUUUACACUUUCAUGUGUAAUGGGUUUUAUUCUUAUGUAUUCUACGGUACUUUGUACCCAUUACAAUUCUGCUCUGACAACAACAAUAGUUGGCUGCAUCAAAAAUAUUUUAAUAACUUAUAUUGGGAUGUUCUUCGGAGGAGAUUAUAUUUUCUCAUGGACCAACUUCCUGGGCUUAAAUAUCAGCAUUGCUGGAAGCUUGGUAUAUUCAUAUAUUACAUUAACAGAAGAGCAAAAGAGCAAACAGCCUGAAUCUAUAGCCAAGUUGGACAUUAAAGGAAAAAGUGCAGUGUGAUCAUUCGGACGUGGUACAACCUACGUAGGCAAAGCUGUGUAUGUGGAAUAAUUGCCAUAUACGUUCUGCGGCACUUCACUCUGAGCGGCACUAAUUUGCACAUUUUAUUAAAGAAACUUUAAUGCCUUUUUUAUACAUUUUAGACAUGAUUGUUCCUAGUGAAAAUUUUUAUUUAAAUUCUCAAGCAGUAAAAUGAGUAUUUUUAUAUUGUCUUAAUACUUUUUUUUUUUCAUGUAAAUCAUACCAUUGAGUACAAUGCAGUAAACCUUUAUAGAACUAUAAAGUCUGUUACAGAGGUUGACCAUGGCUUGCAAGUUAUGUUGUGCAUAAUGUUAAGUGAGCAAUUUUUGUACCUCAAAUUGAAUGAAAAAUCCAGCAAAGGUUAUUUUGCACGCUGGAACAGGGCAAUAAUGUUUGUUUAAACAUUUCUGUAUCUACUCAUUGGCUUCAUGCAUUAUGUCCUUUAACUUUGGACAAUCUCUAGUUUAAAUGUAAUUCAUAAUGAAUAUAAAACCUACAUUUCAAAAAUUUUAGUUCCAGAAUCUUUAUUAUUGGACAUAGAGCAAGAAACUCUUUUGUGUCUAUGCAGGAUUCAUGUAAAUUGAAUGAAUACGUAACGUGUGAGACGUGGUCUAGUAGAGUUUAAGAGGGGAUAUUUGUAUCUUAUUUAAAGGGACACUGGUGUAAAAAUUAAAAUGCUCUAUUGUCAGUGCAUUUUAUUUUACUCUGUUUAAUGCUCCUUUAAAUUAAUCCCAUUGCAGGAGUUGCACUAGAUAUAUUUAAUCUUUCUCCCUCCAAUGGAUGCUGCCACUUUGGUUACACUGCAGUUAUCUGAAUUAAAGUUGCUUCACAUGGGCAAACACAGUGCAUUGAAAGCUAUAUUAUAAAAUGGCAGCACCCAGGAGUUGAGGCAGGAAAAACCCAAAUAUUAAGCUUCUAAAAUGUAUUUAGAGUUGAUGUACCUUUUUUAAAUACAUAGCCAAAAGUGGGCUCCUGUGCAACUCUGCAGGGGGCUAUCAGAAGCAUGCAUAUCCCUGGCUGCAGUGCUCUUAGUGCAACUUUAACCCCUUUGAUGAAUUUAAACACAUUGUCAAAGUAGUUAAAAAAUUAAAAAAUAGAUGUUGUAACAAAAUAAAGCACUAAAAUGUCCCUUUAAAAUUAUUGCUGCUUAUAUAUGCAUCCUUGUGAAUGCACAAUAGUUUUCCUGGGGAAAGCAGAAUCCUAUAAAGUCUCUAUUUUUUAAUUUCCUUUUUUGCAAUAGAUUAUAAUGGUUACAAAUUGUAUUUAAGCCAUAAAUAAACUGGUUGAAAGUUAUUUCCAACACGUAGAUAUUGAACUUGAAAUGCAAUGUGCUUUUUUUUUUUUUUUUUUUCUUUCUUUAGAAUGGUAAUCAAUCUAAGGGCUAGAUUCAUUAAAGUGUACAAGGAUUCUAGUCAGUAAAAAAAACACUUUUUUGUUUCAUUAAGUGUUUCUCAUGCCUGAGUAGGGUCCAUAUAAUUACAUGUAUAUUGAACCCCCCCUCACUGGGGAGUAACUUCAUGUUUAGUGAAUCUAUCCCUUAGUCAUUUUGUAAUUUAAAUGAAAACUUUUUGUGUUUUCAAUGUGCACAAAUUCAAAUCAAAACAUUGACAUGUGAACCAUGUAUUUACAUUUCUAAUAGUUUUUGUCAUUUUGUACAUAUUACCUUGCUGUAAAAUUACACUAUAUACAUUAAAAAAAAUGUAAUGUACCAAGUUUAAA